UUAUCCAGAUCAGAGACCUCAACUCAAUGUACAUUGGUAAAUUGGUCCGUAUUCCUGGUAUCGUGAUUGGUGCAUCCACUCUCAGUUCCCGCGCAACCUAUGUCAACAUUAUGUGUCGGUCUUGCCGUCACACCAAAGUGAUUCCUGUCAAUGGAGGCUUUUCCGCUAUUACCUUGCCCAGAACCUGUGAUAGUCAACCCUUGGACGGUCAAAUGAAGAAUCCUUGUCCUAUCGAUCCUUAUGUAAUUGUCCACGAUAAGUGCGAGUUUGUUGACUCUCAGGUCCUGAAGCUGCAAGAGGCCCCCGAUAUGGUGCCUGUGGGUGACUUGCCUCGCCACACGAUCUUAAAUGCUGACAGAUGGUUGACGAAUCGUGUAGUACCCGGUAUGCGAGCCGUGGUCAUGGGUAUCUAUUCGAUUUUCCAGAACAAAGCGGCUAAAUCUACCGGUGCUGCUGCCGUUCGAACGCCUUACAUCCGCGUGGUUGGUUUGCAUGUGGAUCAGCACAAUGGCGGUCGCGGACGUCCCGUGUUUACGGACGCUGAAGAGGAAGAAUUUAUUCGCAUGUCCCGACAACCGGAUCUUUACGAAUCAUUUGCUGGCAGUAUUGCUCCGUCUAUUUUUGGCAACAAGGAUAUCAAGAAAGCCAUCGCAUGUUUGUUGUUUGGUGGAUCGAAGAAGGUGCUUCCUGACGGUAUUCGAUUGAGAGGUGACAUCAGUGUGCUUUUGUUGGGUGAUCCCGGUACGGCCAAAUCCCAGCUGCUCAAGUUUGUCGAAAAAGUCGCACCUAUCGCAGUGUAUACUUCGGGUAAAGGAAGUAGUGCUGCAGGUUUAACUGCAUCCGUGAUCCGUGAUCCCAGCACUCGUGAUUUCUAUUUAGAAGGCGGUGCCAUGGUUCUGGCGGAUGGCGGUGUCGUGUGUAUUGAUGAGUUUGACAAGAUGCGCGAUGAAGAUCGUGUGGCUAUUCACGAAGCCAUGGAACAACAGACCAUUUCGAUUGCCAAGGCUGGUAUUACCACCAUCCUUAACUCGAGAACCUCGGUCUUGGCCGCUGCCAAUCCGGUAUUUGGUCGAUACGACGAUAUGAAGAGUCCCGGUGAGAACAUCGAUUUCCAAACCACCAUCUUGUCCCGUUUCGAUAUGAUCUUUAUCGUCAAGGAUGAACAUAAUGAAGCACGCGAUGUGUCGAUUGCCCGCCAUGUUCUCAAUGUGCACAUGAACCGCCAGGUGCAUGACGCUAUUGGUGAAAUUGAUUUGGAAAAAAUGAAGGCUUAUAUUAAUUACUGCAAAGCGAAAUGCGCUCCUCGUCUUACAGCGGAUGCGGCCGAAAAAUUGAGUAGCCAUUUUGUUUCCAUCCGAAAGGAGGUCAAGGAAGCCGAACGAGACACUCAAGUCCGAUCUUCUAUUCCGAUCACCAUCAGACAACUGGAGGCUAUUAUCCGUAUUUCCGAAUCUCUUGCUAAAAUGACCCUUUCUCCUGUGGCCACAGAAAAGCAUGUGGAGGAAGCGAUUCGGUUAUUCAAGUACUCCACCAUGGAUGCAGUUCAAAGUGGCGGGGGAGCCGACGGUAUGACUCGUAGCGAGAUCAUGGCUGAAGUUCAAGCUAUUGAGCUUGAAAUCCAACGCCGAUUGCCCAUCGGUUCUCAGGUGGCGGUGGUGAAGAUCAAGAAUGAUUUCAUUCAGCAAGGUUAUACAGAUGCUGCUAUUCUGCGGGCUCUUACAAUUUUGGGUCGCAGGGAAGUUCUUCAAUUCCGAAGCCAAGGCAAGGUUGUUUUUAGACAAGCAGUAUAAUCAAGCAUGAACUCCUUUUUUUUUCUUCUUCUUUCUUUCUCCUAUGUAUAUAUCAUUCUUCUCACUUUUUUUUUUAUCAUCCAAUAAUGAUGCUUCUACCUUUUUCUUUUUUUUUAUUUUACUUCUCAAUAUAUUUUUCGCUUUCAUGACAAGUAAAAAUAGAAAAAAUCCAAGUUUGAUUCCCGUUCAGAGGAGCGGAUCACGAUC